AGCAACAAUAACAGCCCCCCACCUCCCCUUCUUUAUUGGAUUCUCCCUUUCUUUCUUUUUCCUCAACUUUCCCACAUUUAAACCAAAUCCAGGCAGUAAAAUUGUUGCUUCCCGUAUUCAUUCAUUCACCGGAAAACCCUAGUAGAUCAAAUAGAUGGCUUCAGAAAGACAAGUGUCAAGAAUGAUAAAGCAAGGAUUUUUAUCCUCAGACCCAACUCUUUCUUUUAACUUGCCAUCAUCAACAACUCCACCUCAUAUGAAGAUGGUCUCAAAUAACAGUAGGAGUAAUAGGAGCCUUAACAAUCUCUCUCCACCAUAUACUACUACUCCAGUAUAUCCAGAUCACCAAAACCAAACUUUAUUCCAGAUGAUGUCAGAUGAACAGAACCACCAAAGUAAAAUCUCGAAAAUAAUGAAAGAAUUUGAGGACUUGAAUUGCUAUGGAAGGGGCGAUGUGAGGCUGACAGUAAUUGGGAAAGAUGGGCAUACACGGAUUUCAAUGGAUGUGCAUAAAAGGGUUCUGUUGGAAAAGAGUGGCUUCUUUAGGGAUACUUUGAGAGGGAGAGAUCAAGGGGUUGUUAUGCAAUCUGUGGAGAUCAGUGACUGUGAUGAUGUUGAGGUUUAUUUGGAGACUUUAGUUUUGAUGUAUUCUCAUGAUCUGAAGAGGAGAUUGAUGGAUGAGGACGUCUCCAGGGUCUUGGCUUUCCUCAAGGUAUCUGCAGAUAUCAUGUUUGAAACAGGGAUUGAGUCAUGCUUGGAAUGCUUGGAAGCUAUUCCAUGGUCUGAGGAUGAAGAGGAAAAGGUUGUAACUCAACUCAGUCAACUUCAGCUCUGUGACUUGGCAGCUGAAGUUCUCCAGAGAGUGUCAUCCGAACCAUCUACAUCUACUAGGGGUGAUGACAUCUUCUUGAGACUGUUGAGUGGUGUUAUGCAGGCCAAAGACGACAAAGCCCGCCGAGAAAUGAGAAAUCUGAUUUCUCGCUUUUUUAGAGAAAAUUCAUCUGAUAACAGCAAUAGGCUUGAUGUUUCUAAAGAUUCCCUUUAUUCUCUCUGCCAAAGAUGUCUUAGCUCUCUUAUUCUAUGCUUAUCUGAAGUUACUGGCAUAGAUGACUGCAGGGUUGAUAGAGGGGUUUUAAUGGCCCAAGUAGCUCAAGAAGCUGAGAAUAUGCGCUGGAUUGUUGACAUUCUAAUUGAUAGAAAAAUUGGAGAUGAAUUUGUGAAAUUAUGGGCAGAUCAGAAGGAGCUUGCACUGCUCCAUUCUAGAAUUCCAACCAUGUACCGACAUGAAAUCAGCAAGAUUACUGCACAACUAUGCAUUGCAAUUGGGAGAGGACAUAUCUUGGUGCCAAAAGAUAGCAGGUUUUCUUUGCUGUCUACCUGGUUGGAAGCUCUUUAUGAAGACUUUGCGUGGAUGACAAGGUCCUGUAGAUCUGUGGAUAAGAAACUGGUGGAGGAUGGACUUAGCCAGACAAUUCUUACCCUUCCAUUGCUUCAACAACAGACAAUUUUGCUUACUUGGUUUGACCGUUUUCUUAGUAAGGGGGAUGACUGCCCCGAUAUCCAGAAAGCAUUUGAGGUCUGGUGGAGAAGAGCUUUCAUCAGACAAUAUGCGGCUGAACAGGAUAGUUCCCACUUGCAAAUAACUGUCUGUGAUCAUCCAGACUGAAAGACACACGUCAACAAGAUCAAACGAAGUCGAAGCCACAAUAUGUGCCAAUGACGUGAAUAAGUCUUUUUUGGUGGUUUAUAUCAGUAGUUUCAUUUUUUGAUCCUCAAAUCUGCUUGGACAUGAAUAUAUUGUUUUGAGCUGUCUCUAAGGAUUCAAAGGCUGUGUAAUAUGAAACAAUGCACGAGCAUUGAGAAGUCGUGAAACCUGUGGCAUUUGACUUGCUGAUAGUAGCCUUUUAUUUGUAUCUAUAAAGAGGUCAUACUUAAUUUGUUUUUGUUAGAAAUUAAAUUUCUUAACGACCAAA